CUGAAAAUGCGUGCGGCCAUAUUGCUUUAGCAAAAAUUCGUGGCUGUUUGUUUACGCUGUGAAGUGAAGUGCACAUUUGUCUUUCUCUCAGUUUGUGUCGAAGUUUAAUCGUGAGAAUGAGCGGAGGCACGCCGUAUAUCGGCAGUAAGAUCAGUUUGACCAGUAAAGCGGAGAUCAGAUAUGAAGGCAUCCUAUACACUAUCGACACCGAGAACUCAACUGUCGCGCUCGCCAAAGUACGCUCCUUUGGCACGGAGGACCGCCCCACAGAGCGACCCAUCGCACCCAGGGAUGAGAUUUUUGAGUACAUUAUUUUCAGAGGUAGUGACAUCAAAGAUCUGACUGUGUGUGAACCGCCCAAACCACCAUGCUCUCUGCCCCAGGACCCUGCCAUCGUUCAGUCUUCCAUGGGAUCUUCCACUGCUCUGCCAUCAUCCUUCCAGUCGGGAAACUCAUACGGGCUCUUCAACCAGCCACCUGUCACUGCCUACAGUCGGUUUGACCCCAAUCCAUUGGUCUCACCACAGUUUGGGGCUGUAGGAGUCGGUCACACCAGCCCAGAUGUGGACCUGCUGCGAAAGACCCCUCCAGUGGAACCUGCCGCCCCAUCAGCCCCUGCAGCCACCACCACUGCACCCUCACCAGUGGGCCGCAAGAGCCCCGUGUCCACUCGCCCAGCUUCCACCAACACGCAGAAACCUGUUGACCUCUUGGAGCAAAGGAGGGGCACCGAUGGCCCGAAACCAAGCACUCCAGAGUCCAGUCAGCCCAGAUGUGGAAACAGAGACACGUCUAAGCGUCCCGCAGCCGCUGGUCCUCCUGCCUCUCGGCGAGGUCAUGCCGGAGGUCAUCGCGGUAGAGGACGCUACCCCAUCAGGAGAGAAGAACCAAUGAAGUUUGAGAAAGACUUUGACUUUGAGAGCGCUAAUGCUCAGUUUAAUAAAGAGGAUAUUGACAAGGAGUUCCAGAGUAAACUCAAACUGAAAGAUGAGAGGUCUGAUAAAGCGUUGAACGGCGAGGAUAAGGGCGAUUCAGGAGUGGACACUCAGAACAGUGAAGGGAACGUGGAUGAAGAAGAUCCUCUCAGACCAAACUGUUACUACGACAAAUCCAAAUCCUUCUUUGACAACAUCUCCUGUGAUGACAUGAGGAAGGCAGCUGAAAGGUCUGGAGGGUCAGGUUUUCCCCGUGAGAGGAGGCAGACAUGGGCAGAGGAGCGGCGAAUGAACUCUGAGACAUUCGGUAUCCCGUUUCGACGGGGUCGGGGUGGCUACAGAGGUCGCGGAGGCAUGGGAUUCAGAGGGGGCCGGGGUCGCGGGGCAGGCCGGGGGUCGUACGGGUCUUACGGUGGCGGGUUCAGAGGAGCAUUCAGAGGAAGUCAAGGAGGAAGAGAAUUUGCAGAUUUUGACUACCGGAAGGAUAACAAAGUAGCUGCGUAGUGAUGACCGCAGGUGGAUUCCGAAGACCUGGUUUGUUUGGAAAAUACAUUAUGGAUGACACGUUUCAACGAGAAUGAGGAGAUUGUGUGUGUAUAAAUCUGUCACCAGCACUGGGGUUCAGCUGCUUGAAACCUGGAUGUAAAUCUCUUAAGAAGUGAAACGAAUGCAAUUUUUUCAUUGUUUACUUGAGGAGUAUAUUUCUCGCUAGUUUCAAUUAUGUUAUGAUUUCUCAGUUUUUCCCCAUGCUUAUCAUGUACAGUUCACGUGUUAUUUUGAUCACUUAAGGAAUUUAAAUAGUAUCUUGCAGCGUAUUCACAGAACAGCAAAAGGCUACUUUGAUGGCAGUUAACAUCAGUACAGUUCGAUCAUUUUCUACGCAAAUUUAUUUUCAGAUUUCAUGUUUCGUUCAUUUUCCCCAGCAGUUUUGGUACGUGAAUGUUAUAAUUUCUUGUGCGAGGUCUGAAGUUUAUCUUAAGAUUUGUCAAGCUGUUAUUACAGAUAGUUGUAGGCAAGUGUCAGUAUUGCAAAACAUUUCCUGAAAGAUUUUUUUACAUAAAAGUGUAAAAUGUUAUGCUACGUUUGAAGGAAAAUUAAAACUUUUCAAGUUUGGGAGAGCACAAAUUAAACUUAAAUAGCAUGAAAGGGUCCCACCUAUGCAAAGUGACCUCAGUGAUCAGGUUUAUGAACUUUGCAACUCUGCUAGGUUUUAUGUAUUUGUACGAGAUGUUAAAGAACCUGAUCAGCGGCACUGCUUCUCCAGUGAAUAAGACCGAAUGUGUUGUGCACUAUAAUACAGACGGCUUGUCCAUCUUAUCCAGCUGCUGUGUUUAUGAUCUUAAGUUUCCAGUGUAGAUCUUAGGUAAAGGCAUGUGAGAUCACUGACUGCAAUAGCAUGUUCCUGUGAUGACCUCAUGCUCCUAUGUGUCUAUAUGUUGGGUUUCAUCUUUUUUUUGUCAUUUUUCUCCUUAGUUAUAGGUUUAAGAAAGGUGGAGUUUUUAAGUGGCCAGUAUGUCUUGGAUGUGGUUGUCGUGGGGAUCUCAACAAUGUGUUUUGCUUCAUAACUGUUGGUAAAUUUGGGAAGGUUGAUUAUACAAUAAACUUUGAUUCAAAAUUA